AAUUGUAUUUUAUCAUUAACCCUGAGUCUUUAAGUUUAGAAAUAUUUACUGCAUGGAAAGUGCAAACUUUAUAAAUCUUACCAACCAAUAAUAGUAUAGUAUUUCAACCAAUAAUAGCAUAGUAAAGUAGCCAGCAAAACCACAGUUUCAAAUUUCCUUCUCCCUUCAACUUAGAAAAAUUUUCUGUUCUUUUGUGAUGUAUGUCUAACCAACCUAGAAAUAAAUUUAUCUAAAUCUGAAACAUUGAGACUGAACACUCUAGAAUGUAAUGUUACUGAUAUCAAAACUUAGCUCAAUGAAAAAAAACAACUAUUAAACGAAAACUCAAGUGACACCGAAUUGGAAAAAGAUAAUUUAUGGUUUAACAAGGAAAGAUUAAAUACAGUAAAAACUCCAACGCCAGACUCUCUUUUAGUUAUCGGAAAAAUAUCUGAUGAAAAAACUAACAAAAUAACAUGGAUAUAAUUGAAAACCUAGGUAUGAAUAAUAAUAUUCAAUUGAAAAAUUCGUAUAAUAAUAAGGGGAUCUUGUCCUAGUAUAUAACUCAGAAGAAUUUAAAGACCAAUUGAUGAUUUCUCUCAAAGAUACGGAAAAUCAAAUAAAAGUAAAAUCAUAUCAAUUGAACAUGCAAAAAAUUAUCAUCAGUGGUUUACCUAGAGAGUAUAAUGAAAAUGAAGUUGUUAAUAUGCUACAUUCACAGAACAGUUUUAUCCAAGAAUUUAGCAAAGUGAACAACAUCAAAGAUCAUUUUAAAAUAAAAGCUAUCAAACCAAUAAAAAGCAAACCAACAAUGUUUCAAGUCUUUGCGAAAAUAAGCAAAACAUUACGAGAAGGCUUUCAAUGUUAUAAAAACAAAGUCACACUCGGAUUAACAUCCUGCAGGAUAUAUGACAAACUCAAUGUAAUGCGUUGUUUUAACUGUCAAAGCUUCGUACAUUAUGCGAAUGAAUGCAAGAAAAACGAUCCAAUAUGUGCUAAAUGUAGCGAAAAAUAUCGAACCGAUCUAUGCUCGUCUUUGGAUAAAAAAUGUGUUAACUGUGUUUUAGAGGGACAAAACGAUCCCUUUCACUGUGCAUUUGAUGUUUAAUGUCCUUCUCUUAAAAGAGAAAAGAAUACUUUGCAAGAGAAACUCGAUAGCUAUCAUUUAAACGCCUAGUCCAGAAGGAUGAUAGAACUUACAUGAGUCAUAUAUUAUGCUCACUAUGGAAUGUUCGUUCUCUUAAUAAUAAAUUUCAAGAUGUAAUGGAGCAUAUACUUGAUAGGAAUCCAGACAUAGUUUUUAUUACUGAAACAUGGAUGGCUUCUGAAAACAAUAAUACAACAGCAAUGAUAAAAAGUUAUGGAUAUGUUUUGCAUCAUAAAAUAAGAAAAGAAAGAGAUAAAGUAAAAGGUGGCGGUCUAGGAAUUAUGCUAAAACAAUCCAUUAUGCACAAAGAACUACCAAAUAAACAGUUUCAAUCCUUUGAACAUGUAUGUGUUAAAAUUAUGGUAGCAAAACGAUCACUAAUUCUAAUUUGCAUAUAUAGAAUAAUAUUUGUUUCUCACACAACAUUCCUGGACGAAUUCAUGGUUUUACUUGAAACAAAAGUAUCAACAGGUUGCUCAUACAUUAUAGCUGGUGAUGUAAAUAUACACUUAGAUACUAAAGGACUAUAUAGCAAAAGUUUUAAGGAAUUACUAGAUGCACUUAAUCUUACACAAAAUGUCAAAGAACCAACUCAUAAAAUGGGACGCAUAUUAGAUGUAGUAAUUAAUAAGCCAGAUGAAAUAUUAGUUUAUAUGCUAGCUGUGACAAACUUAGAUUUGAGUAGCCAUUUACUCAUUGAUUUUAAAUUAGAACAAAAAAUAGAAAAAACACAUACCACACAAUCACAUACAGGAAUUUAAAAACAGUAGACAUGAAGUC